AUGGCCUCGAGCUUACCUCUCCUUGUACUAGCGUGGACCUUGGUCUUAGCGGGGCCACUGGAGCUCCCGUGGAUCGCACAUCCAGCAGCAGCCACGGAAGGUUCGGAUUGGAUCGCCAUUCCAACAGCUGGCGGUGAUUGGGUUUGGACCCACCGGAAGGCCAUAAGCCGGAAGUCAACGCACGAGGUUGGCGAUGUCGCGUUCAUACUCUACACCACACAGGACAUCGGUAACACUGGCUACCGGUUGGAUCCAUCGAAUGCUGCCGAAUCGAUCGCGGUGUCCAACUUUGGUGCCAAUCGACCCACGCGAGUGAUCGUGCAUGGAUGGCUAAACAGUGCAGACUCACCGGUUGCGCGGACAAUUCGUGAAACGUAUUUACUACAGUGGAACUACAAUGUGAUCGUGGUGGAUUGGUCGGUUUGUGCGAUGGCCUGGAACUACGCGAAGGCGGUAGGUUGUGUGCCGAUGGUCGGGAAGGCGCUUGGGGGGCUGUUGGAUGAGCUGCAACGGAAUGGUGGUUUGCUGCUGGAGGAUGUGUAUCUUAUUGGCCACAGUUUAGGUGCGCACGUGGCCGGAAUCGCGGGGAAAACCGUGACGACCGGACAGAUCCAUACGAUCUUCGCUCUCGAUCCGGCACUGCCACUGUUUUCGAUCCAUUCGCCGGAAAAUCGGAUUGGCGUACGGGAUGCCAUGUACGUGGAGGUGAUCCAUACGAACGCUGGGCUGCUAGGGUUCCAGCAUCCGAUAGGGACGGCUGAUUUCUAUCCGAAUGGUGGCUCCCAUCAACCGGGCUGUGGUCUCAAUAUUGCCGGGUUGUGCUCACAUUCUCGAGCAUGGGAAUUGUUCGUUGAGACGCUGCUUGAACCGGAAGAUAAGCUGCUGGCCAGCCGCGUGGCUUCGCUGGAUGAUGUGCAACGUCCUCCCGGGUUGCAAGGUGUCCAAGGGGAUGCUGCAGUCGAGAGAGCUAAAAUCGGCGGAGAACCAUCAAGCGCAGGCAACGCCCGGGGACUGUAUCGAAUCACCACCCGCGAUCGUAGUCCAUUUUUUGCUUGA